AUGUCUGACGCCGGCCGCAAAGAUUGGUCAACCCAGCUUAAGGAGGGCAUGAUUCCCGACUCCUCCAAGUCCACGCAGGACCAGAUGCGCGAGAGCUUCACCGACAACGUGGACAAGCUUGCGCGCGGCGCGCAGCCGGAUAGCUCCAAGUCCUGGACCCAGGAGGCUGGGGACAAGGCGAACCGGAUGUUUGAAGACUCUAAUGAUAACGAGGGAUUUAUGGAUAAAGUGAAGAAUACUUUCGGCAUGAACAAAUAG